GCGCUCCGCGCAGCAAACAGCUGCGGCGUCUGCGGGAAGACGAUAAUGCAAAGUGCCAUGUUCUGGGCUGUCCAGCACGACUGCGUACCCAUGGACAAGAACGCAGGCAGCGGUCCCAAGAGCGAGGAGAAGCGGGAAAAGAUGAAACGGACCCUUUUAAAAGAUUGGAAGACCCGUUUGAGCUAUUUCUUGCACAAUUCUUCUACUCCUGGGAAGCCCAAAACCAGCAAGAAAAGCAAACAGCAAACUUUCAUCAAGCCUUCUCCUGAGGAAGCACUGCUGUGGUCAGAAGCAUUUGAUGAGCUGCUAGCUAGUAAAUAUGGUCUUGCUGCAUUCAGGGCUUUUUUAAAAUCUGAGUUCUGCGAAGAAAAUAUUGAAUUCUGGUUGGCCUGUGAAGACUUCAAAAAAACAAAAUCACCCCAAAAACUGUCCUCAAAAGCAAGGAAAAUAUAUACUGAUUUCAUAGAAAAGGAAGCUCCAAAAGAGAUAAACAUAGACUUUCAAACCAAAACUCUGAUUGCCCAAAAUAUACAAGAGGCUACAAGUGGCUGCUUCACUACUGCCCAGAAAAGGGUAUAUAGCUUGAUGGAGAACAACUCUUACCCGCGUUUCUUGGAGUCAGAAUUCUACCAGGACUUGUGCAAAAAGUCACAGAUCACCACAGACCCCCAUACUACAUGAGAUGGAAAAAGGAGCCCCAGAAUGGAGGACAUUUCUUUCUUUUUCCUGAGAGAAAAGGCUGUGACCUACCAAAAGACUGACCUUGGAUUCAGGCUGGGUGUUCAGGAAACAUCACUCAGAACUAUUGAUUCGAAGUUGGGUAGUGAAUCAGGAAGCCAGUAACGAAGGAGAAGCAUGUGUCAGAAGGGCUUCCCUUCCUGAAGAACAUGUGGGGGGGUCUCACUGGAAAAGCAAGAGUGAGAUGAAAGAUACAGUGUAAUACUGUUGUUCCAAAAACAUUGAAAAUCAAUAGGUCUGGGAUUAUGUGGCCUUAGCUAGCUGGCUGUACAUCUUUCCCUAAAUCAGUCCAUGUUACCACAUAGUGGUUUAGUUUUAGUUUUAGUUUUUAAAUACUAAGUAACAUUAAAAUGUUUACUAUGUGAAAGGGUAUUGAAGUUCUUAUGACUACAGAUCAUCAGUACUGUUGUCUCAUGUAUCGAUGAAACUGAAAAGGUUGGUUUGAAUUGUUAACUGGUGUGUGAAAUUGAAUGUGUGCUUUGUGUGGAAAUCUCAGUGUCCGUUAUGAGUGCCAAAAACUGUCUUGAAGGCAGCUAAACUUUGAAGUGGUCUUUGAAUACUUUUAAUAAAUUUUAUUUUGAUAAAUAAUGUUAUUGAA